GCUCGCUGGAGUGGAGCGCGCCGGGUCCCCGAGCCGGCUGCCUGAGGGAUGGACGAGACGAGCCCGCUAGUGUCCCCCGAGCGGGCCCAACCCCCAGAGUACACUUUCCCGUCGGGCUCGGGAGCUCACUUUCCGCAGGUACCGGGGGGCGCGGUCCGCGUGGCGGCGGCCGGCUCCGGCCCGUGCCCGUCUCCGCCGUCCUCGCCCGGCCACGACCGGGAGCGGCAGCCUCUGCUGGACCGGGCCCGGGGCGCGGCGGCGCAGGGCCAGAACCAUACGGUGGUGGCGCAGGCCCAGGCCCUGGCCGCCCAGGCGGUCGCGGCGGCGCACGCUGUUCAGACCCACCGCGAGCGGAACGACUUCCCGGAGGACCCCGAGUUCGAGGUGGUGGUGCGUCAGGCCGAGGUGGCCAUCGAGUGCUGCAUCUAUCCCGAGCGCAUCUACCAGGGCUCCAGCGGUAGCUACUUCGUCAAGGACUCUCAGGGGAAGAUCGUUGCUGUCUUCAAACCCAAGAAUGAAGAGCCAUACGGGCAGCUUAAUCCUAAAUGGACCAAGUGGUUACAGAAGUUGUGUUGUCCAUGCUGCUUUGGCCGUGACUGCCUUGUCCUCAACCAGGGCUAUCUCUCAGAAGCAGGGGCUAGCUUGGUGGAUCAAAAACUGGAACUCAACAUUGUACCCCGUACAAAGGUAGUAUACCUGGCCAGUGAAACGUUCAACUACAGUGCCAUUGACCGAGUAAAGUCCAGGGGCAAGCGGCUUGCACUAGAGAAAGUGCCAAAAGUUGGCCAGCGGUUUAACCGAAUUGGACUACCACCAAAGGUCGGGUCAUUCCAGCUCUUUGUUGAAGGCUACAAAGAUGCAGACUAUUGGCUGCGGCGUUUUGAAGCAGAGCCUCUCCCUGAGAACACUAACCGACAACUACUGUUGCAGUUUGAGCGUUUGGUGGUGCUGGACUACAUCAUUCGCAACACUGACCGAGGUAACGACAAUUGGCUGAUUAAAUAUGAUUGCCCAAUGGAUAAUUCUAGCUGUCGGGAGACAGAUUGGGUGGUGGUGAAGGAGCCUGUCAUCAAGGUGGCUGCCAUAGACAAUGGGCUAGCUUUCCCACUGAAGCACCCUGACUCCUGGAGGGCAUAUCCUUUUUACUGGGCCUGGUUACCCCAGGCAAAAGUCCCAUUCUCCCAGGAGAUCAAAGAGUUGAUCCUUCCAAAGAUUUCAGACCCUAACUUCGUCAAGGACUUGGAAGAGGACCUAUAUGAACUCUUUAAGAAAGAUCCUGGUUUCGACAGGGGCCAGUUCCAUAAGCAGAUUGCUGUCAUGAGGGGCCAGAUCCUAAAUUUGACCCAGGCCCUAAAAGACAAUAAGAGUCCCCUGCACCUUGUCCAGAUGCCACCUGUGAUUGUUGAAACAGCCCGAUCCCAUCAGCGGUCUGCGAGUGAAUCCUACACACAGAGCUUUCAGAGUCGGAAGCCCUUCUUUUCAUGGUGGUAGCCCUAGGGGAGGCAGAAGGGACCCUGCAGGUGACAGGAGAGAGCAAGCCUGGAGAGGAAGAGGCUGGUGCACUGUGAGCCUUUCAGGCCCUUCCUCUCUGCUUGCCCCCUCCCUCAGGGCCUUCCCACCCACAGGGAGGAGCACCGUCAGAGACAAGAGUAGCCUGGACCCUUCAGAGUAUUGGGGAGGCUGGUGGAAAGCUGGCUGAGGAGGAGGAGCAACUGCUUCCCAGCAUCUGGUGGCAGGCUGGGAAAGUCCCAUCCCGACAGCCUCUCCAUCCCAGUUCCCUGUUACAUUCUGCAUCAGAAAGAAACAAACAACAGAAACAAAUGCUUACAGGAAAACCCAGAUUUGAUCCUCUCGAGUCAGAAGCCCUUAUCUAGAGCUAAGUUUGCUUAGACAUGCUCUGAUGCCUAGCAGUUGUUUACUCCCAUGGACUGAGCUGUGUCCGAGGCCCAUUGCUGGCCCACAGACAGAAGCCACACCUCUCCUUUCUGUUUUUGCCAAACUGAUCCUCCCGCUGCCACACUGUGGCACUAGCUUCUUGUGGCAGUGAGCAGGCUUUAGCUCUGUACGUGUCAGAGGUUCUGCACACAAUCUUUCUGUCCUCUGCCCUGCUGCUGCUUGCCUAGCACUCAGCUGAAAUGGGAGAGGCUAGCCUUGGCAGUUCUGUUCUGCUAGGAGCAUGUGGAGGUGAUUGAUGUAGCCUAAGUGCAUGCUGGGUGCUAGGAGGAGUGUCCAUGGGAGCCUGGCACAGCCUCACUUCCAGGCCCUUCCUUAGUCUCCAUGCUUUUCUACUUGGUUUCUGUCAGUUUUGGUUCUGCAGUGGUUCUCUCGGGGUUGUGGGUCAGCCAGUUCAUGAGCGGCCAGGACAGUGUCUUUGUUCUUCCUGUUACCCUGAUGCCUGGAAAGCAACAGGACCUGGUUCUGCCUCCUAACUGGCAGUGCCCCACAGCUUCCUGCCUUCCUGUCCUGGGCUGCUUUCUCCUCAGCUUCCUGAAGAGAGGCCUUCACACAGUCCCCCAGUGCCUGCCCAGCUCAGCGUGCGUCUUCCUGCUGCCCUGUCUCCUCCCUGUCUACACCAAAGUGAAGAGUUGGGCUUCAGGAGGGAGUAAAAAGAGGGCCACCUGUGGCUGCGAGGCAGCAGUGUUCACACCCUGUGCUGUGGACCCCUGAGGGUUCUCACAUUCUACAAUUGGUCAGUCAGCCUUGGAAAGAAAUUGUCUUGAAGGCUUGAAAAAAAAACCAAAGAAAGGGAAUGAGGACCACAGCUGUAUGUCUCAUCCGCUUGCCUGGCUCUCACUAUCCAGGCGACAGAGCAGAGGCACACAGCUCUCCCAUCAGCUGGGGCAGGCUGCUCCCCAUCCAGUCCAACCUAGGAGCCAGCUUACUGUCAGCUUCCACUUAGCCAACAUGAGUCUCUGAGCACUGGAUAUGCAUGCCCUGUGGACGAAGGCACCGUUGUUUGCCCCAUCCUGACAAUCCCCGCCAGCCCACUUGGACUCUGGUCUCAGAACCAUGUUUGGGAGGACUCCUGCCUCCUGAUCACAGGAGCCUGCAGGGGUCCAGGUACGUGACAUUCUUCACACCAGCCUGCUGGCGAGACCCCCCUGGGGUGCUGGAGAGAGCCCGAGAUGCCUGGAGAGAGCCUGGGGCUCCACCAGGCUCUUGUGCACCGUCCUGCUCCAGACCAGCUCUGCCAUCAGGAGGAAUUGGGUCCAAUGUAAGAGGGAGCCAGUGCCAGGCCUGAUGGGCAAGGGUGCAGGCGUCCUUCCCUGCCUGUCUGCUUGAAGCCUGUACUCAGGUUGCCUUGAAUGUGGAGACUUUGGGAGUGCCAAGAACCCAGAGUGUCAGGCACUUCCAGAACAGCCGUCCCCUGCCAGCCUGUCCCAUGUCUAGAAGUGGAAGCUGGUUGGUGAGCACUGCUGCCCUGUUCUUCUAAUGCACUGUAGAAAUUGUAUGUAUUGUAUUUAAAUCAAUGCAAAUGUAUGAAUAACAAAUCCAGUUCUGA